AUGACACACACAGAACGACCAAAAGUAACCUUUGAAUUUUUCGAUAAUACUAGCCACUCAAUGCAACGAAAUAAACUUAAACAACUACCACCAUUAUCCACAGACGUCGAGGCCAGCUCGAGUCCACAUAGUCCUUCGGGCGCCGACUUGAGAUUCAUAAGCUCAUCAUCAUCUAUAAAUUCCUUAUUUGACUCAGUACCAUUAUAUAGCAGAACAGCUUCAACAACGACCAUAACACCAAUAUUAUCAAGACAUGAUUCCAAUCCUGCAUUCAAAAACAACUAUCACAACCUAUUACACCACCCAACCAUACAAGAAUUAGAUUUCACUCAAACCAUAGAUUUGAAACUACGUCAGCAUCAAUCUUGUACAACAUCUGUUCAACCAAAAGAAAAGCUAAUACUUUUGUUAGUUGGAUUACCUGCCAGUGGGAAAUCAACCAUUUGCAAACAAUUUCAACAAUUUAUCAAUGAAAACAGCGAAUAUAAUGCACAAAUCUACAAUGCCGGUGACGUUAGAAGAAGAAGAUCUGCCAGCGAAUUUAAUGAUGCCCAAUUUUUCGAUCCAAAUAAUGAACAAGGUAAAAAAGAUCGUGAAUUAUAUGCCACCAUAACUGUCAACAACAUGAUUAAUGAUUUACAAUCAAAUGUUAUUGAUGUUGGCUUUUUGGAUGCAACUAAUACCACAUUAGAAAGAAGACAAAGAAUGAUCAACUUAAUCAGUGAACAAGUUCCAAAUGGAAGAAUAGUAAUAUUUGAUGUUCAAUGUAAUAAUCAGAAAUUAUUAGAAUAUAAUAUCAGUGGUAAAUCAGAAAACAAUGAUUAUAAAAAUAAGGAUUAUACUACCGCCAUCAAUGAUUUUAAGCAACGAGCAAUCAAUUACAAGAAAAUUUACAAACCAAUAACAGAUAAAGAAUUGGAUAGUUAUGGAGAUAAAGUUGAUAUGUAUAUGAAAUGUGAAAAUGGUGGUCAACAAUUUGAGUUUUCACACAUUCAUCAUGCCGAUACUUGGUAUUAUAAGAUUUUGUCUGAUUUUAAAAACAAUUACAAAUUAAGUGAGGUUUAUAGGGAGUUAUUGGGUCAAUAA